AUGUAUCGUAUUGGCGUGGACGUCGGCGGAACCAACACUGAUGCCGCCAUCCUCGAUAUCACGGCCAGCGAGACGCCCUCUCGCGGCGUCCUGGCCUCCAGCAAGGCCCCUACCACGCCGGACGUCACCAGCGGCAUAAGGGACGUCGUCCAGAGUGUCCUGCAGAAGUCCAAUAUCGACCCCCAGGAUAUUCUCAGCGUGGCCAUCGGCACCACUCACUUUGUCAACGCCGUCGUAGAGGCUGAUGCCCGGCGCCUAAGCAAGGUCGCCGUCGUCAGGCUCUGCGGUACCUUCAGUCAACAGAUUCCUCCCUUUACGGAUUUUCCUCCUUCUCUAAGGAACAUCAUCGAGGGCCAAACAUACUUUCUAGAUGGAGGUCUCGAGAUCGACGGGCGUGAGAUAUCGCGGUUGAAUCCUGACCAGAUCAGAGAGACAACCAACCGUAUCAGAGAAGCAGGAAUCACCAAAGUUGCACUCGUUGGUGUCUUCUCGCCGCUCGACCAUAAUGGCAUCCACGAGGAAACCUGCAAGAAGAUCAUGCUUGAGGUAGACCCGUCCCUGUCGAUUGUAUGUUCUCAUACUAUCGGUGGAGUCGGCAUGCUCGAACGGGAGAAUGCCACCAUCCUCAACGCAUCCAUCCUGCAGCUGGCACAGAAGACUGUCCGAGCCUUCGUCAAGGCCAUGUCCGACCUUAACCUUACCUGCUCAUUAUACCUUACCCAGAAUGAUGGCACCUUGACCGACGCAGUCACGGCUUCAGAGCUGCCCAUCAAGACAUUCGCCAGUGGGCCGACAAACAGCUUGACUGGAGCUGCCUUCUUAGCCUCCCUCGACAGACGGGGUACCAAGUCAAACGCGGAGAAGCAGACACUCGUGAUAGACAUUGGCGGCACGACAUCCGAUAUAUGUGCAUUGCUUCCAUCAGGCUUUCCUCGCCAGGCCUCCAACUUCGUCGAAGUUGGCGGUGUACGAACCAUGUUUUCUAUGCCGGAAGUUCUCUCCAUAGGAUUGGGCGGAGGAAGCAUCGUUCGUCAUGACGACUCUCAUGUCAGCGUCGGACCUGAUUCCGUCGGCCACUAUCUUACCACCAAGGCGAAGGUCUUUGGUGGAGACACACUCACAACAACAGACAUCGUCGUUGCAGCUGGUAAGGAGCAGAUCGGAGAUGCUUCCAAAGUUGUUGACGUCCCACAGCAAGUCGUGGAUGAGGCACGCAAGUCCAUCACUAAGCUGUUAAAUCGUGGAAUUGAAAGCAUGAAAGUAUCCUCCCUUCCAGUCACCGUCCUCCUUGUAGGGGGUGGCUCCAUUAUCUACAUGGACGGCCUCGAGGGCGUGGAGGAAUGCAUUAUUCCCCCACACCAUGACUCAGCAAAUGCCGUCGGUGCCGCCAUUGCCAAAGUCGCUGGGACUGUCGAUGUUAUCGAGAUCCUGGCUGGAAAGGACGAGAAGGAGGUAUUGAAGCAGGUCGAAAACGCAGCAGUAGAGAUGGCCAUCCAGCGUGGUGCAGAUCGAGAUACUGUCAGGAUUGCAGAGGUUGAAAAAUUACCGCUUCAAUAUGUAACCAACAAGGCCACCCGGAUUAUGAUCAAGGCAGUUGGUAAACUGAGAAUACCGACCGAGGAGGAAGUCGAGAUGGAAAAAGCCAAACUCCCAGCUUAUACCAACGGAACGAAUGGAGUAAACGGAACCAACGGAAACGGAGUUGAGGGCGAAAAGGCAUCUGCCUCAGAAGAGACGUCUAGAUCCGCGGUGAAGCAUUCAAUAUACGUCGACAUUCCCUCUUACAAGCCGGAAGUAGAAAAUGGAGUGUGGUAUCUGAGUGCCCUUGACCUCGAAUUUAUCACUUCUGGCACUGGGGUCCUUGGAACAGGAGGCGGUGGUCCAUCAUAUCAGCAAUACUUGAUAGCGCUCGAGUGCCUGCGAAAGAGCCCAAAGAGAAAGAUGAGGGUGACAAAACCUGAAAGCAUGGCGGACUCUGAUGUCUGCGUUUUCGCUUCAUGGUAUGGAGCACCUAGCGUGGCGUCGGAACGUAUCCCUCAAGGAAACGAGCUUUGCAAGUCGGUGGAUGUAUCGAUUAAGUUAUCAAAGCAUGACCACUUCGAAGCCAUCAUCGCAGACGAGAUAGGCGGAGGAAAUGGGAUGGUUACCUUCCCAACUGCUGUCUUUUACGAUAUUCCAACCCUUGAUGGAGACUUGAUGGGAAGAGCGUAUCCUACAAUAGAGCAUGGAACACCCUAUGUUUAUGGUGAACCCAUCUCACCGUGUGUCCUGGCAGAUGCCAAAGGUAAUGUCUCGGCUGUCAUGAGCGCUGAAUCAAACUCAAGAAUCGAGACGAUGCUUCGAACCACUUGCGUCGAGUUGGGACUAUUCACCUCCGUAUCAGCUGCUCCGCUAACUGGAGACGCCAUUAAGCGAUAUGCCGUCCCGAACACAAUGUCCCAGGCGUGGUAUCUAGGUAGAGCGAUCCACCUGGCCCGUCGUGAGAAAAUUGACGUUAUCGAAGCUAUAUUCAAAACUACCCCUGGCAGACUCCUGUACACGGGUAAAAUCAUCGACGUUCACCGUGACGUCAGCCGCGGCUACACAAUGGGAUACUGUGUCCUAGCUCCCCUCUCUAGCGAAGAAGUCGCAGACUCCUACGAUAGCUCAGCAUCGUCAUCAUCAACACCAUCGGAGUCAGAGCCACAUCUAAUCAUCCCCUUCCAAAACGAAUACCUGUAUGCAGCACAUGUAACAAACAUCGACAAGCCAGGGGAUCCAAUCAACCAGGACGUUAUCUGCACAGUCCCCGACCUGAUUUCGAUACUGGAUAAAGACGGAGAGGCAGUGGGCUCACAGGAACUGAAAUACGGACUAAGGGUUCGCGUUAUCGGUAUGGCUGCCCAUCCAUUGUGGACCAAGGACCAAAGGGGGCUUGACGUCGGAGGGCCAAAGGGAUUCGGCCUGGAUAUGGAGUGGAAGAGUAUCGGCAAGUAUCAGAAACCACCAAGCGUAAUUGACGAGUUCAACGUGGUUGUUUAA